CUCCGAGCUGCUUCGUGCGGAGCUGGAGGGACGCGAGAUGAAGUACCCCGUCGAGCUCCGGCGCUUGACCUGGGUCAGCCCGGGCUUCGGGAGCUGGCGGCUGGAGUUAGUCUCGGGGGGCUGGCUGCUCGGUCGGCGGCUGUAACUCCGCUGGAGUUGGGUCCUCCUCUGCCAACAAAGUGCGCGAGGGAGAAGCCCUGCUGCCCCACCCCCACCCCGUCGCCUCUCCUUUCUCCUCCCUCCCCGCGGCCGCCCUGGGGCUUUUGUGACCCGGUUUGCAUGCUGCCUCCAUACUGGAGCAAUCCCUCCCCCCGCCGCUCCCUCUUCUCGCCCCUCCGCCCACAGUUCGAAGUUCCCUUUUGUCGUUCUCUGCUAAAAAACAAAAAUCCCGAGCAGAGCGUUUUCUGCCCUGAAAUUUGGAGAUCCCUCGUGUUCAGAGUAGGGGCAGGGCAGCAAUCUGGUUGACGGAGGAGACAUUUGUGAAGCAUUAUGUCCUUGAUCUUCAGGUGAGGAAGGAGGCAGAUGUGGGCAAUGCUAUUCUACAGGUGCUGAUCCAGUGAGAGACUCCCCUCACCACCUCCUAUGAUGAGGUGAAUGGUAUCUUACGAAUCUUUAAAGGAACAGCUGCCUUCUCUUUGGAGAAGAGGGAGGAUGCCAUUUCAUUAAACAGUAUUGCCGCAGCAUAUUCUAAAUCAUGCCAUUGGUCAAAAGGAACAUUGAACCUCGGCACCUUUGCCGAGGAGCUCUGCCUGAUGGAAUUACUAGUGAAUUAGAAUGUGUGACCAAUAGCACUCUUGCUGCUAUUAUACGCCAGCUAAGCAGUUUAAGCAAGCAUGCUGAAGACAUAUUUGGUGAGCUGUUUAAUGAGGCCAACAACUUCUAUAUUAGAGCAAACUCCCUUCAAGACAGAAUUGAUCGCCUUGCUAUCAAAGUAACCCAGUUGGAUUCAACUGUUGAAGAAGUUUCAUUACAGGAUAUCAACAUGAAGAAAGCUUUCAAAAGUUCUACAAUACAGGAUCAGCAAGUGGUUUCAAAGAACAGUAUUCCCAACCCUGUGGCUGAUAUUUAUAACCUGAGUGACAAACCACCUCCACUGAAUAUUCUUACAGCAUAUAGAGAUGACAACAAAGAUGGAUUAAAAUUCUAUACUGAUCCUUCUUAUUUCUUUGACCUCUGGAAAGAAAAAAUGUUACAAGACACAGAAGACAAACGGAAAGAGAAAAGGCGACAAAAGGAACAAAAACGUAUAGAUGGCACAGCCCGUGAGGUGAAAAAAGUUAGAAAAGCAAGGAACAGGCGCCAAGAGUGGAAUAUGAUGGCAUAUGACAAAGAGCUUAGACCAGACAACAGGUUGUCUCAAAAUGUGUACCAUGGAGCAUCAUCCGAGGGAUCUCUGUCCCCUGAUACUAGAUCCCAUGUCUCAGAUGUUAUCAACUACUCGUAUCCUGCUACUCCAAAUCAUUCUCUCCAUCAGCAGCCAGUGAUGCCUUCGUACGGAGCAGGAGAUGGGUCUCAAUAUAUGCUUGCAAACCAGGGCCUUGAACAUGAAUAUAGGCCACCUUCCACAACAAUGCGACACGCUACUUUAAACAGACCUCAGCAGCCACCUCCACCCCCACCCCAGGCCCUAGAUGGACAACAUGGCACUGUACCACUCGCACCAGCAGAUUAUGGGAUGCUUGCAGCUCAGAUGGUGGAUUAUUACAAUCCUUCAGGACCCCUGCCGCCUCCCCCUCCACCCAUGAUUCCUUCUGCACAGACUGCUUUUGUUAGUCCUCUCCAAAUCCCUGUGCCACCUUCCCAUCCUGGACUAGUGACUGGAUCUGUGUAUUCUGCUGCUCUUCAUCCACCUUCUACUGGGCUUGUUGUUACAGCUCCCCCUCCUCCAGGCCCGCCUCCUCCCCCUCCAGGCCCUCCUGCUGCAGGAUCCUCUCUCUCAUCCUCUCCGAUGCAUGCUCCUGCAGUGGCUGAGGCAAAGCGACAUGAGUCCUCACAGUCCCCAGUCAGUGAUGCUCGAAGUGAUCUGCUUGCUGCUAUUCGGAUGGGAAUUCAGCUGAAAAAAGUACAAGAGCAGCGUGAACAGGAAGCUAAGCGUGAGCCAGUUGGAAAUGAUGUGGCCACAAUUCUUUCCAGGCGCAUUGCUGUGGAGUAUAGUGAUUCAGAUGAUGAUUCGGAAUGUGAUGAAAAUGACUGGUCAGACUGAGGCUGGAGCACCAAAGCAUUCUAAUGGAUUUUGUUACGAAUUAUCCAUGUGGGCAUGGAUGUAUGUUGAACAAGUAUCCUAAAUUGCUAGUGUAGUACCUUUCAUGGAAAUGUUCUGUUUAUGAAGAUCCCCAAAUUUGGUUUGUCUUUAGUAUUUACUUCAUAAUACUCAAGUGCCGCUGAAUGUAGCAAAUCAUGUGACCAAAGGGAAAGCAGCAUUUUUCUUUAUAUAUUUGUUUGAUAUUUUCAGUAUCCCUUGGUUCUUUUGAAACUGGUUGUUUAGAUCUUGCUGGAGGUUAGUUGUACUGCUUGGCAGGCCAACACACUCAGGUUGAAAAUCUCAUUAUUUUGUGUUUUUGGUCUAACUUUGCUAAAUUCCUUAGACUGACAACAGUUAAAUUCUUUUGGUUUUUUAAGCCCUAUUCUCACUAGCAUGUUGUGUGUAUGUUCAUUAAUAUUUACCAUCUUAACUAGACUUUUAAAUUAUUCAGGGCUUUGGAUGGGUUGAGUUAGAAAUUGUAUUCAAUUGUGUCUGAAAAGGACUGGAAUAUAUUGGAAUGCUAAUCUGCUCCUCCAGCCAUCAUUAUUUGUUUAGACUAUUUUGAUUUCAUAAUAUAAAAAAAUCUAAUUUACUUCAGGCACACUGAAUGAAUGUUAAAACUGAACUCUUUUUUUCUUAGGAAUAACUGAUGUUGACAUAUAUGGAUAGUUUCCUUAUCUCUUCCCUGUUCUUUAGAAAACAAGAACAGUGUUUUUUUGGUGCUACCACUAAAUACAUCCUCUAGAUUUUAUUGCUAUAGGCUUCAAAUCAUCAGUAAUAUAGAUAAUUCUCAUGUACAGUUACAAUAUUGUGUGUGUAACAUGGGUAAUGUAAUGCCAUUGUCAGCUUAAGGGUGCAUUUGUAUCAUCAUGUUUUAUUCUCAUGUGCCCCCUUUUUAAAAAGUGGCUUACAACCCUCACUUUGUGUUAAGCUUAUACAUCAAGAAAAUUUCUGUAGUUUUUGUUCCAUUAUUCACAUGUUAUUUAUAAUUGAGUAUAAUACUAAUCCCCCACCCCCAUUGGCUACAGUUCCAGAUACUGUAAUGCUGCUUAUAUUGCAUAGCAUAGGAAGUUUGGAAAAAAUCCAUUGAAAGCUGCUGUUGCACAGACUCAUGUAUAUACUGAUUGAGACUUGUAUGUGGGGCAUUUGAUAAAUAACAAAGCAAGUAAAAACUGUAUAAUUCCACAUCUCAUAUGAUUAAGUACUUUGAGUUUGACCAAAAGGUUAAGAGUUAGUUAUCCAUUUUUCAUUUGAAUACUCCUUCCUUCGUUUCAUUCCUUUCCCCCUAUACCAGAUGUAAGGCAUUUGAAAAUUCUCUCUGAACAACUCGGCUGUCCAUCUUAUCUUGGAAUGCUCAUAUACUGCAUUUUAACUACUUGAUAGCUAUUUACCUUAAAUACAACUUUGGUAUAGAGAAUUCUUGCCACAUCUGUCUGUAGGAAUAAGUGAGAGGGGGACCUUAUAACUAGGUGCAAUGCCCCUUUCCACUCACAGAGUGCCCACCGCCCUCUAAAACCUCUCACACAAGUUCUGGUUUACACAUAGGUCAGGACACCAUACUUGCCACCCUUCUUGUCUCUUAAAAUAGAGAGCCAUGGCUAUUUCACACCUCAGAUCCUCUCACUCACAGAAACAUCAGCUGACAAAGUAGCCCAGCCCCCUUUAAUAAUAGGUUCUCACUAAAACACUUCACUGAGUAAUUGGGGUAGGAGGCUUACACACUGUUCCAUUCAUAGCUACCACCAUUUAUUUAUAUCCUAAAUAUAUAUGUAUACUGAGAUCUUUACUUGUGUGUGUAUGUUUCUUUCCGAGAUACACAGCCUACAGCGUUAAACAAAAAAGCUAAUUUUUAUUUGUGGUUUGAACAUAACACUGAAGAAAGUAAUGUGGAAGUUAUAUAUAGCUUCUGUUGAACUUAUGAACUGUUCCCCUAAUCCAGUUUUUUUGAUCUUGUCAUACAGAUUGACUCUUUUAGUCAGCUAGCUUUAAGCUGAUCUUCACAUUAGCUUCGCUCAGUCAGAUGCACUUUUCUUUACCAUCUCACCCUCCUAGGUGCCACCUCCUCAAUUGCCCUUUUCCAGCAGUUUCUCCCCAACAUUCCAUCAGCUCUCAUUGGUCAUUCUUAGGGAGAGGUAGAACCUAACCUGUCCAUCACACAAGGGUCCAAGACAUAUUGUUGUCCCAACCAAUAGUACUCCCUCCAUCCCUGUUUCUUUCUGUCACAACAAAAAUGGUGGAAUGUAAUGAAAUAAUGGGAUUUAAAGCUCACAUUUAAAUAUACAUAUAGAAUUAUCAUCUUAAAAUUAUUUUAAGAGCACAUUCCAAGUUUUGUACAGCACAGUGUUCAUUGUAGAAAUAACGAGCUUCAUGCAAGUCACAAGCCAAACCGAAGAGGCAAUGAAAUUUGAACCAGUAUUCAGCCCCAGAAAUUUUAAAGUUAUUCCAUUCAUGAUUAGGGUCUCCAGCUAAACCUAACUACUACCCUUGUGGAAAUUAAACAGUGUAGGGGGAAAAAUGUAUUUCUGAGCAAUGUGACAACCUUAAAUGGAUUUGCCUUUUUUCAGAACAGUGCAUCAUAGAACUCACACUUACAAAAAGGAAUUUAAGAAUAUAAUUUUGUUUGAAGAUGGAAACAUGCUUUUUUGUUCAGUACAGAGUUUCAAGUUUAUGCAGUCAUUUUCACAAUAUUAGUACUUUAUAUUUAAUACAUGUGCUUUGCCUUCUUGGUUGAGGCAGCCUUGCAUGAUUUCAAUAUAAAGGUAUUAGUACUUCACUAAGAUAAUGACUGCCUACACACUUGAAGAUGGUGGGCAGGUCAGCUGAGAAUACUGCCUGAUUAAAUAUGGCAAACUGGCCAAUCCUACAAAAUUAGCUACAGGCUGGAUAAAGUACCACACCAGUCAGUAAAAGCAGCUCCUUGUGCUGAUCUGUGCCCAAAUUAUCUGUCUCCAUUCUUUCCCCUUGCUGAAGGCACUACAACACCUAAUGAACAAGACUUCCUUUACAUACAGUGUGGAACAUAUUUAUUCAUAUUUCUAGCAGUCCUUUGCUUUAUAACAUGUAAAACUGAAAAUAACAUGUAAAACUAAAAAAUUUUCCUGGUAAGUUCUUUGUCUCAGGAACUUGCAUAUUCUUUUGUAAACAAUUAACCAAGUUGGACUCCCACCAUGGGCAAUUUAUAUUGUAAGUACAUAUAUAACAAGAAUUGCUUUUACUCUCUUGAUUAAUUCCCAGAGAGAGUCUGAAGCUUGCUCUAUACUGAGUAGCAUCUCCAUAAACAAAGCACAACUGUAAUUUCUGUGUAAAAAUCCUUAGCACUUUCCAGGUAGGUACUCAUGUUGCCUUAAAAUAAGGUUGAGAAAAUUUACUCCUAGCCUUGCAUAUAGAACUGAAAGUGGUUCAUAUGCAUGAUACAAAAGGACCCUGUCAUUGAGGAUGGUUAAUCAUUUACACAGGUGUGAAUUCGUCUGUUUUCUGAGAAUUUCAAUGCUGAAUUAUAGGAAGCAAAGGUGGUUGUGAUUAAUCUAGCAAGUGACCUGAUCUUUCCACUCAAAGUACUGGAUUCACAAUGGGUACAGAUCUUCAGUGGCUACUUUUGCUUCAUGCAUUCAGUCUUGAUGUUCUUUAGGAUAGCAGCAGAGUUGACAGUUGGGUAUUGCUCGAGGAUGGCAAUCAUAGCAAUGAAAUAAGUAUUGGUUGUGAAGGUACCAGUACAUUCUUUUGAUGGAACCGAUGUAGUGCUGUAGGGCAGGUAAUACUGUUGCAUUUCUCCUCUGUUAGUGUCAGGAUGUAAAAUACUUUUCUGAGAGGUUUUCUAUUAAUUGAAUAAAACAUUCAGAUGUCACAAUUGUUUCAGCUGUAGAAAUAUGAAAAAUAUAUUUUAGCACAAAAUGAGUGAAUUGCAGGACGUUUGUAUUUUGAAUUAACUUUAAAUUACUACUGAAUAAGUGAUUUUGGAAUUGAUGAGGUUUCAUAGGCAGGCAGUUUUUUUUCUAAGCUAUUUUUGUCAUCUUUCAGUAUUUCUUUAAUAAAAUAUGUAUUUUAAGUUUAGUGCUAAAUUUACACUAACUUUUAUGUUUAUAUAUGUUAUUCUGGGUUAUGUAAAAAUUUACAGUUAUGAAUAAAAGCUCAUUUUUGGACUUUGUAUACUGA